AAUAUUUUUUGACUUUUCAGCAGAGGCACAGCAGAUGAGACACCAAGACGGAAACCACGUCCUCAAAAACACCAUCCUGGAGCAGGGGUCCCCAGGACCCUGUGCUUCCAGCCACUGCCUGCGUGGUCAGGGCUCUCUUUAGCCUCUGGCUUUGUGGCAGCAGAGUCCCCUGCCUUCUCUCCUUGCCACCAAGAAGUGACCUUUUUAUAGCCGCUGAGAUGCUGCUGGCCAUGGAGACCCAAAAGAGGUUUCUCGGACAGGUUUCCCGGCAGGACGGCCGUGCAGUAUCCCGGAGCCCUGAGGGCUGGUCCCUCCAUGCCCACGCUCCUGUCCCAGCAUUACUCAUCCCGGCAGCAAAUCACCAGCUCUGUAGAGUGGGGAGGCAAUGCCCCACAGCUGGGAGAGCCUGGUCCUUCCGCACGGCCAGGUGUCAGCCCAGCACCCCAAAUCCAGGUGGGGAAAGACCCUCUGCCGGUAGUUAUUUAAUCUCUGUGCAGCAGCCCGGGAGGAGGAUUCACCUCCUCGGGGGCACCUGGCGGCCCCGCCAUCCCCUUCCCGCUGCCCGUGGUUGCUGUGUCUCCCCCAUGGCGGCUCCGCAGCUCUGAGCUCACAUGCGAGGAUGGGCUAAAGUAGCGGAAAGCUGUUGGAUCCUACCACGGAGUUACUGACUUCUCAGCUACAGACUGCAUAGCAAUCAGCGAGGGGGAGAGGCAGCCAGGGAAAGGGAGCGGAGCGCAAAGGGAGGAAGGGUGUCGGGGAGAGGGGGGAUCUGGGGACUAGAGCAGGGGGGCAGCAAGGGGCACGGGCAAAUAAUGCCAGCGAAGGAGGGAGCCAGGCAGGAGGGGGAGACCUAAACCCGUCGCUGAGCCACGAAGGCACAUCAGCACUCCGUGGGAUGGACGCUCCUGGGAGCAAAAAAUUCUGAGAGGCAGAGGCAGAAGGAGAGCGCUGGCGUGGGCAGGGCAGAGUUAGGAGAAGAGCAGGUCGCAGCGGAGAAGUAGCUCUUCGGAGGGGGAAAAAAAUAAACCUAGGCUGGAGGCGAGCGAGGACUGCAGAGAGACUUCCCUGAUUCCUCCGGUCCGGCUGAAGCAUUUCAUGGUGAGAUGGAGAGACCGGCCGCUUUUCCCUUGCUCUGAUGUUGGCUCGGCACGGCUGGAGCAGGCGGCAGGACCCGGGCGUGUGCCCAGGAGCAAUCGCAAUGGCAGCGCUGGUCCCAGCUCGCCAGAGGUGAAACCUGGAGCUGCCCAGUCCCAUGUGAGUGCUGCUGCAUGACUUCCCACGCCCUGCCAGCUCCCACGGCCCCCUGACAUCUGAUGACAGAGCGAGCCAUGGGCAGCGUCCGAGUCAAUCGGUACAGCAUCGUUUCAACCGAAGAGGAUGGACACAAGGUCUCUGCGCUGGGCAGCAUGAACGGGCACAGCCGGAACGGGAAGGGCCAUGCUCCUCGGCGGAAGCACCGCAACCGUUUUGUGAAGAAGAACGGCCAGUGCAACGUUUACUUUGCCAACCUGAGCAACAAAUCUCAGCGCUACAUGGCCGACAUCUUCACCACCUGCGUGGACACGCGCUGGCGGUACAUGCUGAUGAUCUUCUCCGCCGCCUUCCUGGUCUCCUGGCUCUUCUUCGGCUUCCUCUUCUGGUGCAUCGCUUUCUUCCAUGGCGACCUCAACGCACCGGCGGUGGCAGGUAGUCCCUCUCUCCUCAAGCCCUGCAUCAUGCACGUGAACAGCUUCCUGGGGGCUUUUCUUUUCUCGGUGGAGACACAGACAACCAUCGGGUACGGCUUCCGCUGCGUGACUGAGGAGUGCCCGCUGGCUAUCAUGGCAGUUGUGGUGCAGUCCAUCGUGGGCUGCGUGAUUGACUCCUUCAUGAUUGGCACUAUUAUGGCCAAGAUGGCAAGGCCCAAGAAGCGGGCCCAGACCCUCCUCUUCAGCCAUCAUGCGGUCAUCUCCGUGCGGGAUGGCAAACUGUGUCUCAUGUGGAGGGUGGGCAACCUGAGGAGGAGUCACAUCGUGGAGGCCCAUGUCCGAGCCCAGCUCAUCAAGCCCUACAUGACGGAGGAAGGGGAAUACCUCCCCCUGGACCAGCGGGACCUAAAUGUGGGCUACGAUGUGGGUCUUGAUCGUAUAUUUUUGGUCUCACCCAUUAUUAUCGUUCAUGAGAUUGAUGAGGAGAGCCCCCUCUAUGGGAUUGGCAAGGAAGAGCUGGAGACGGAGAACUUUGAGAUUGUGGUUAUUCUGGAGGGGAUGGUGGAAGCCACAGCCAUGACCACACAGGCACGAAGUUCUUACCUUGCUAGCGAAAUCCUUUGGGGUCAUCGCUUUGAACCGGUUGUGUUUGAGGAGAAGAACCACUACAAAGUGGAUUACUCACGCUUUCACAAGACGUACGAGGUAGCUGGCACACCUUGCUGCUCAGCCCGGGAGCUGCAAGAAAGCAAGAUGACCAUCCUACCUUCUCCACCACCUCCCAGUGCCUUCUGCUACGAGAAUGAGCUGGCACUUGUCAGUCAAGAUGAAGAUGAAGAUGAUGAUGAAGUGGGUGUGGUGUUAGGGGGCAACACCAAGGAGGAGGGAGGUAUCAUCCAGAUGAUGGAUUUUGGAAGCCACCUGGACCUGGAGCGGCUCCAGGCAACUCUGCCUCUAGAUACAAUCUCAUACCGCAGGGAGUCAGCCAUCUAACUCCUCCAGCCUCCCCAUUCUGCACCCAUUGACCACAGUCUCCUCUGUUCCGUACCCAUACACUGGAUAAGUCCCUUCACCACCAAAUAAUGUCUCCCAUGAUUGCCUCUCAGCCCCCAAAUACACCAAGGCCUGGAGCUGCUCUGAUAUACUCCCUUUCUCAUAAGGUCAUACUGCCUGGGAGAGGAGUGAGGAUACACUAGUCUUUCCGGGUAUGCAGCUUGGGCUAGAACCCCUUUCCUGCCCAGAGACAGGAGAGCAGCAGGCCUGGUUUCUUGUCUCUGGAGAGGUGACAGAAGUCCCUGCCUUCAGUGGACAGAUUGGGACCCACAGCAAGUGUUUCUGCUGCUGAGGCAACAGCCGACUUUCUGUCCCCUCACACUAUGGGUAGGCCCCAUGGCUGUCAAGGGUCAUCGCCAUCACUGGGAGAGGAGUGACACCUAAGCACUGACCAGAUGAGGAUAGAAGGGAGAGUUUGGGACUCCUGGAGGGAGUGGGGAAGGAUCUCAAGGGAAGAGUUUACUUGCAUGUUUGUUGCUUGUUGCACAUGAUUCUGUAUAUACAAGAGAAGGAGAACUGAAAUUGAUGUUCUUCCACUGCAAAUGCCAAGCUAGGAGACAAAGACAUUCUACAUAGGCUGCUCUGCACUCUCCUUGGCUUUUGGUGUCUGUCACCUCCAGAAGCAGUUCGGCUCCAUGGACUCAAAUCCAGUUCUCCCAGUCCUCUAGAAAAACAUGUCCUGCUCCUCUCCUGAGAUACCUGGCAGAGGAGGCAGGGCUCUGUGCUUACCACACUCAGACUGCUCCCUGGCACAGCACAGCCGGGAUGACAGACAGGUGACCUGACUGGACAGAAGACCCUCCACUCGCUCCUUUUGCCUCCUCCAUUCUUCUCCCUGAUGCCAUCAGCUGUAAAACAGAAUUUGUAACUAUUUAUUUUUAAUAAAGUCUAAUAUCCCAAGGGGAGGUUUGGAAGCAAAGGACAGACUACAAGCCUGGUAUAGAGACUGAUGAGGGUUACUAGGGCUGGUGUUUGUUAUUUGUAUGGCAUUGGACCCUGGAAGCUCCACCAUGAGGGCUCUCUUGUUCUGGGCCUCUCUGAUAAAGACCUAUAAUGAGAGGCUCAGAGAAUUUGCUCAGGGAGAAGGUCAUACAAAUGUGUGUAUGGAGGGAAUAAUCUGCCCUAAAAUUACUAGUAGGAUGAGUCAAGCAAUACUGUUUGUUUUGGAGAUAAUGAGAGUUUUGCCCAGGGAAGGCUUAUAGAUAUACUUGGUGAAGAGGCAGAGAUGUGCAAGACAUUGCUCUAGAUUCAAAAACCCCAUGAAAAAACCCAAAGCCUCUCUUUUUAAUAUAGGCAAGUGGAGGGAGAAUGAGGGAUGACAUCAACCAAAGCUAGACCUGUAACAUCACUUUGUUGUCAUUUCACAAGAGGUGAAAACCUGAUGAGCAUUUUCCCUCAGGAGCAGCAGAAUCAUCCUUUCAAAAGUGCAGAUGAGAUGAGGACAGAACAACAAACAGGAUCCACAGGAAGCUGCUCUGGGCACCCAAUAGCUGUGCUGUGGAGGAGAAUGGCUGGAGAAGUUAUGUCCCACAUAAUCCCUGAUCUACAAAGCAUAAAAAAAGCAUCAAAAUAUCACUUUGGAAUUGGUUCAAGAAGCAAAAGGAAGAGGGGAAGAAGCAGAAGGGCAAGGAACAAAAUAGCAGGACUGAGAGGAAGAAGCAGACACAGCAGGCAGAUGGUGGAGAAGGAAGGGGAAAAGAGGAAGAGAAAGUGAGGUUAUAUGGAAGUGCAUUUGAGAAAGAGCAUAAAUAGACUCACAAGAUAUGUCUAGGCCCAGACAUGGUCACUUCUCAUCCUAGGAUGUAGUUUUGUGGGGGAACAGCUGUCCUGCCUGGGUUUGCUCCAUUCACUGGAAUAAUUCCAUUCCCCGGAAUAAUUCCAUUCCCCAACCUUCUCUGGGCCCAGUCAUGGAGCCGGUUUUCUACCCAAUGAGCAGUGCAUCCAUCUAAUUCCUCCAGCAGCCAAUUUCUCCAGGACAAAUGCUUUGAGAGACAAUGUCAAAGGCUUUACAAAAGUGUAGGUAGACAUCAUCCACAGUCUUUCCCUCAUCCAUUGCCCCAUCCAUGGUCACUUUGCCAUAGGAAGAGAUCACGUUGCUCAGGCAGGACCUGCCUUUCCCAAACCCAUGCUGGCUGGGCCUGAUUCCUCAGUUGUGCUACAUAUUCUGUAUGAUAGCAAGGUGAAUUGUUCCAUGAACUUUUCUGGCACUGAGGUCAGGUUGACAGGCCUGUAGUUCCACAGAUUCUCCCUCCAGCCCUUUUUGGAGGUGGGUGUUGCAGUGGCCAACCUCCAGUCACCUGGGGCCUCUCUGGCUGGCUAGCCAGGACUGCUGAUAAAUGACGAGAAGUAGCUUGGUGAGCUCUUCCACCAGCUUUCUCAGUGUUUUUGGGUGGAUCCCAUCCAGCCCCACAGACUUGGGAGUGUCUAAGUGGUGUAGCAAGAAGUCACUGAGUAUUCCCUCCUGCAUUAUGGGGCUCCGUUGUGCUCCCUGUCCCUGUCUUCCAGCUCAGGGGACUGAGUACCCUGAGGACAACUGGUCUCACUAUUAAAGACUGAGGCAAAGAAGGCAUUAAAUACCUCAGCCUCUACCUCGCUCAUGCAGUGAUCCUUGGCUCCGGAGCCCAUCUGCCAGAGUGGUUUUCCUCAAAGCCUUCAUUGAAAUGAUGGAUUCACUGGAUUUUGAGUGGCCCCCAUCCCUCCUGGUUCAGCUGGUGCUGAGGCAGAGCUGCCCCUCCUCAGAGCUCCCAUGCCCCCUACCUGGGAGCUGGGCUGCCUCUCUCAGCACUAAAUUCAAGAGUAUGCUGGUUUAGGAAAUGAAGUCACCCCCUCCUUUCAUUAUUUACUUAUUUUCCCCUGAGGGAAUAAGCAGGGGCUGAUAUUGACCUGGCUUUUAAUACAGCUUUCAGAGUCGUGUGCCUGCCACUGGCCAUGGAAACAAACUAAUGGACCGAGAGAGAAGGACUUUGCGUGCGAGGACACGGGCAUUCAGGACACAGGCUGGGGUGGUGGCCUUCAGAAGGGGAACCCUCAUGGCUGGGCACUCCCUCACUGACAUCCAGCAUCCUUUGGAGGCGGGUGGCAGUGCUUGGUAGGGAUGAAGUGUCCCCUUAGCUCUUGGGAAACCCAUCAGUCACCAAGGAGCGAGUGUGCAGAGAUGCCAGGCAAGGAUGGUGCACCAGGGCCAUGGGCAUGCACAGCUGGAGUGGUUGGGGCAACACACAGGUCAGCACUGCCACCCCUCCCUUCACCUGGCUGGGCUCUUGUGAGAAAAAUGGGACAAGACUGCAAUAAAUCUGAGGGAACAAGCAUCAUUCAGCCAUACUGGUUCCAUCCCUCUCUACGUGUCUGAACCUGCUGGAUGUUUUCAUGUCAUGUUUGGCAUCAGGGUGGAGAAGACAGUGAGGCAUUGACAAAUACCCAGCUAAACCCCUGCUGUUCAUAAUAAAAUUGCAAGAAAGCUUUCA